CUAUUUAAACUCUGUUUACUGCAUCUUCAAGCUUUCUCUGCAAAUUUAUUUUCUUAGAAAAAAAAAGAAUUAGAUGGCAAAUCAACCCUCUUCUUACCCAAUUCUUUGUGCUUCCUUCAAUCAAGACAACAGUUGCUUUGCUAUUGGAACAAGGGAAGGGUUCAAAAUUUUUGAUUGUAAUACUGGAAGGCUCCUUUAUGAAAGAGUUGCUGGAGCAUUUAUUAUAGUAGAAAUGUUGUUUAGCUCAAGCCUUCUCGCAAUUGUUGGAGCUGGUGAACAGCCGUCUUUGUCACCUCGAAGACUGUGUUUGUUUAAUACUGUGACUGGAGUAGCUCUUGAGGAACUUAACUUCUUAACUUCAAUCCUUGCUGUUCGCAUGAAUAAGAAAAGAUUGAUUGUCAUAUUGCAGGAGAAGACAUUUAUUUAUGAUAUAAAUAGUCUUAAGAUACUGGACACAAUUGAUACGGUGCUGAAUCCAAAAGGACUUUGUGCAUUUUCACCCAGCUUGGAUGGUUCAUUUUUGGCCCUUCCAGCAAGUACAACCAAAGGAUCAUUGUUAGUCUAUAAUGUUUCUGACCUCCGUUUGCACUGUGAGAUAGAUGCUCAUCGCUCACCAUUGGCUGUCUUGAGUCUUUCAUCAGGUGGAACUCACAUUGCAACAGCAUCUGAACAAGGGACCAUGAUCAGAAUUCAUCUUGUUUCAGAUGCAACUAAGUUGUAUAGCUUCAGGAGAGGAUCAUACUCUUCAAAUAUCUUUUCUUUGUCAUUCGCGCCAGCGGCAGAACUUCCAGAUAUUCUUCUUGCGACUAGUUCUUCUGGUUCUGUUCAUGUUUUCUCUUUGGGUUCACCCUCAAAUCAAAGGUCUUCUGGUCUUCUAGGAUCAAUAAAAGUACCUCAUACUAUUAACGAUGCCCUGGAUCCUGCUCAGCAUUGCAUACUGCAUCAUGCUGUCCCGGCUGGCGUGAGAAGUAAUACGUUGAUCCGCAAAAUAGAGAAAUUUGACGAGACAGCAACACCUGAACAUGUGGUACUACGAGCUACUAUACCUAUGAUCACCUAUGGCGGAUACUUCCUGGAGUACGUCUACAACGUCAACCAUCAGAACAAGUCUUCGUGGACCUUAGAACGAGAAUUCAAUCUUUUAACAGCAGAAACAUCCUCAUUACCAUGAAACUGAAGACUCUGUGCACCAAACGUAAGCUUCUUCGAACUUUAAAGCUGAAACUGCAGCACGUCCUGCUCGAGUUGCCAUCCUAUCGAUCAAUGUACAUUUCAAGAAGAAAUGCUCCAUGGCUUGUCCAGUAGAGAACACAAAUGACAAUUUGUCCAAAAAUGUAUAUGUUAUGUGCAUAUAUAACUUUGAUGUUACUCUAAUUUUCUGCAUCUAUGUAACACAAUUGUAUAGUCAGAAAAAACUGAAAAUUGUUAAAUUUAUGGAAGUUCAUUGUAACAUUAGUCUUGUUAUACAUUGAAAUGUAAAUUUACUUGUGUUCUUAAUCA